GAAGGCUCACGGGGGAGGAUGCCAGAGACGGCGACACACACAAACAGACCAGAGAAGAAGGCUGCUGCUGAAGCUGGAUACUUCUCCCGCUCCUCAUUUGAUCUUUCCUAACUUAUUUUAUCAGGACAGCCAUAAUGGUGUGGAGUGAAUUGGGCCCAGAUCCUCGCCCUCCUCUUCGGAAACCUAAUGCAGAGGGAGGCAUAGGCACCAUUGGACGCAAGAUUGCUCUACAGGCUAAUUACUUCGAGGUCACCCCAAGGACACAAGAAAUUGUGCUGGCUCAUUAUGAUGUUGUUAUAAAGGAUUAUAAGAAAGAAAUAGUCCCAAUCUCCAAGAAGAGACGCAUGGCUAUAUUCAUGAAAAUGGUCACCACGAAUCCUGACAUAUUCCAGAAUCAUCCCAUUGGAUUUGACUCUGAGAAAAAUGCCUACAGUGUGAAAGUAAUCCCAGUGUUAAGGAAAUCUUCAAAGGAGUUUGCUGUGGAUAUUAAGGAUGAUGGUGAGAAAAAAAGAGAAUUCUUUGUAACUUUAACAAAGGUAAAUACAGCAUCCUUGCAAGAAGUUUUCAAGGUUAUCAGGGCCCCAAGAGAACGAAGAGAAAAUGUCCCACAAUUUAUAUUUCAGAUGUUAGAAGUAAUGUUUCAACAUACUCCAAGCAACCGUUAUGAGAGAGUUGGCCGCAAUAGCUUUUAUUCCAUGGACGGUGCAUUUGGUGCCCCCUAUGACAUUGGUGGUGGAAAGGAUGCUGUGGUGGGAUUUUUUGGCUCCCUCAGGCCUGCUCAGUGGAAAAAUGGAUCACUUUUACUCAAUGUUGAUGUUGCACAUACAGCUUUUUACAAGGAACAAAGUGUCUUGGAUUUUAUGAAGGAAGCCUUGAACUUCCGUGAUGAGGACUUCACGAAACCAUUACGACCUGAUAAGAAGGACGCACUUCAGAGAGCAUUAAAGAAAAUGAAAGUUCAAGUGACUCACACUCAGUUUCCUCGAACAUACACAGUCACAAAUGUGGGAGAGCUUGGGGCAGCGCGUCAAACUUUUCCACUGGAUGUAGGUGAAGGCAGAACUGUACAGUGUACAGUGGAAAAGUAUUUUAUGGACACUUAUAGAAAAAGACUGAGGUAUCCACAACUCAAUUGCCUGAAAGUUGGACCAAUACACAGAAACAUCUUCAUACCAAUUGAAUGUUGCAAGAUUGCAAAAGGUCAGAAGGUAGCAAAGAAGCUCAGUGACCAAGAGACAUCACAGUUUAUUCGUAGUACUGCCAAAUUGCCUGUGCAGAGGCUUCAGACCGUCAAGGAUAUUGUUCGCAAUCAGAACUUCUCGUCAGACCCCAUGAUGAGAGCUCUACAGUUUUCCAUAUCAGAUCAGCCAGUAAAUUUGGAUGGACGCGUUUUGCCUGCCCCUAAACUACAGAUGAAUACCGAGCUGAUACCUGAAAAGGGUGUCUGGGAUGCCCGAAAUAGAACAUUCUUUUCAAGUGCCAGCUUGGAAUGUUGGGCUGUUGUUAACUACGAUGCAGGAAGUGUUUACAGGAGAACAUUGACUGAAUUUCUUGAUAGUCUUGUGAAAAUGGGACGUGAGCGAGGAAUGACUAUCUUUGAGCCAAUAGAACAUAUGGAGUACCGAGACUACUAUAAAAUUGAUACAGAGAGAGACUUUUUAUACCUCAAGAAUAAACAUCCCAAGAUUCAGAUGAUAUUGGUUGUAUUACCAAAAUCCAAAGAACUUUAUGGUAAGGUGAAAAAGACUGGUGAUCGAAUUGUAAAGAUUGUAACCCAGUGUGUUCAAGGAGGUAAUGUUAGGAAGAACCAACCGGCCACUGUUGGAAACAUCUUGCUCAAGAUCAAUGCUAAGAUGGGAGGAACGAACAACGUACUUGGGGCAACAUCUCGUCCUUUUGUCUUUAAAACUCCAGUAAUGAUCAUGGGUGCAGAUGUCAACCAUCCACAAGCAUCUGAUAAAGUAACUCCUUCAUUAGCAGCAGUUGUUGCCUCCAUAGAUAAAUUUGCUUCUAGGUACGCUGUAGAAGUACGGCACCAAAAACAUCGUAAAGAGAUGAUAUUGGACCUCAAAGAAAUGACAAAGAAUCUUCUAAAAACAUUUUACCGGACUACACGCCACAAACCAGAGAGGAUUGUUAUGUAUCGUGAUGGUGUGAGCGAGUCCCAGUUCCCAGAGGUGUUGUCUUAUGAACUGAAAGCUAUGCGUGACGCAUGCACUGAACUGCAAAAAGACUACACUCCAGCCAUGACAUUUCUUGUUGUCCAAAAGAGACAUCAUACAAGAUUAUUCUGCCAAGACCGUGAUGGGGUAGGAAGAUCCAAAAAUAUUCCUCCAGGUACUACAGUGGAUACAGCCAUUACUCAUCCUUCAGAGAGAGACUUCUACUUAUGUUCACAUCAGGGUAUCCAAGGAACAAGCAAACCAACGCACUACCAUGUAUUGUGGGAUGACAAUGACUUGUCAAUGGAUAUUCUUCAGACCCUUACUUACGCAAUGUGCCACUUGUACUCUCGUUGUACGCGUUCAGUGUCCAUUCCCACUCCAGCUUAUUAUGCACAUUUGGUGGCUUUCAGAGCGAAGGUACACAUCCAGGACCUGUGUCCCAGCGAGACGUCAUCUCUAGCAUCAGGAGAGGAAGAAGGCCCAUCUGAUGCUGCCAUAGCCCAAGCUGCCAGAAUGGAUCUUGAUAGUGAAAUAGCCUCUAAACACUAUUUUGUGUAAUUCAUCCUUUGAAAUUCAAGUGCUCUUCAAUAUUUAAGUGGACUAAAUUUAUAUAUUUUUAUGGACUAUCUGAAGAAUAUUCAGAUUUUGUUAAAAAAAAUGUAUGCAAGGUUUCAACAACCAAUGGUAUUGCCAAAUUUGAAAAAAAAUUAAAUGUAUAUUAUUGUCCAACAAACUAAGGGGCUAAUAUAUAUAUGUAAAUGAUUAGUGACUUAGAAUAAGCAAAUAUUGUACCUGGAUUAUUUUUAAUGGUUUCCUAAAGGCUACAAUUACUGUAUUUUACUUGUUUUUGGUGUGUAUUGAGCAUGCUUGUUUAAAUCUUAAUUUUUUAGAAUUCAACAAAAGUUUGAGACUUGGAAUACGAGCGAGUGUUCAGUAUAAUGCUAAAGCUAAAACAAUUGGAGAACGGCACAGGACAAAUUAAGGCUUGUGUUCUAGCCUGUUCUCUCGACUUGUCACAAGGUGCCACAACACAGAAAAUAAGGGCUACUAAAAUGUGUGAGUUCAAGCGACUUGCGCAACCUAACCGAUCCCUGCAUAGAAAGAACAAAUCCACAAGGGCCGUGACGAGGGUUCGAACCUACUUGUGAGAGGAUCCCAGACGCUGUCUUGAUCAACUGAACUACGAAAUGGUUAAAAGAAUUAACCAUGUUCAUUUGAUGGUUAUUUGUCUAUUUGUUCAUUUGAUGCAUUACACUAUUGUGAUUUCUGUGUCCUGCAUAGAAAAUGUGGUAGUUUGCGAGAUACUAAUUUUCAUAGUACCCCUUAUUUUGUCCAUUUUGGAUUAUAGCCUUAAAAUCGUGAAUUAUUUGAGAGGAUGGUUAUAAGUUCAUUAAGAUGGAAAUAUUGAUUUAAGAAAAUAUUCACAAUUAGUGUAUUAGGAUAAGAUAUUUAUAAUACAUUAAACAUGUAGAUCUCAAGAGAAGUAAGCUCUCCAUUUUUUGUACAGGUAAAGAAAUGAGUUAGAAUUGGGAGAGUUGUGACUUGUUAAUUGAAUUAAUGCUUUACGUUUCUUGAGUUUACUGAAUCAUGUGCUAUUUGAUUACAGCAAUUAUGGUAUUUUCUUUUUUAUUCUAAUUAAUAAGAGAAAAGUGGGAAAUAUGCACAACAUGUGACUACUUUAUUUCUCUACAAAGUCAAGUAUACACAAUCCUGUGACCCAUGACUUCACUGUUUAUCUUCAUGAGCUUAUUAUAUAUAUUUCCCAUAUUUUGUAUUGCUGCAGUUCAAUCAUACAUUACAGUAUUGUGGAAUUUAAUGCUUUCAUCCUCAUAAUAUAACUAUUUAUACAGUAUUUAGCUUAAAUAAUUUGUUGUUUUUAUACAUACACCAUUUAGGAAGUGUGCGCGCGCAUGCAGCGCCCACAUGUUCUUGUGUAAGUGUGUCGUUAGGUCAUCAUUUACCUGUUUUCUAAGAUGCAGGAAAUUUGGUCUUUCAGAAGACUUUAGCAUUUCAACUACUGUACCUUAAUGAAGUAAUAAAAUAUUACCUAAAUGAUUUUAGAUGACUGCUUGAUUAUGAUAAAGAAUUUGCUGUAGUUAUAUUAUUGAUAAAUAAACUUGUUUUCUUUAGAACGUUCUUUAAGUCAAAAAAACCUUACACGUAUUUUUGUUUGAAUUUUUUUUUCAGUUUAAAAAUUUUAAUUACCAACAUCCUUGUAAUUUGUGUCCAAUGAUUUUAAAUUGUGGUACAUCCUUUAUUUGUGUGUGCCUAGGAAAAAAUAAAUAUGUAAUAGAAAA